AUGAAUUCCGGCGAAAUUAGUAAUUUAGUUCAAGGGAAAGGUAAAGGAAAAAACAUUGCUUAUGCAGAAGAAACUCAGAGUGAAAAUAUUUCAACUAAAAGAAAAAAUGAUGAAAAUAUAAAAUCCACGAUAACGGCUACUCUUCAGGAGCUCAAAGGCUUAUCAGGACAAGCUUUAUUAAGAAAGAUUUUAGAGAACAAAUCGUAUACUUUAUAUGAUGAUAAUAAAUAUGUUUAUUGUCAAAGUUGUCAAAAACCAAUAACACUACAUCGUUCAAAUGAUGGAGCUAGAUUAAAAGAACAUACUGAUAAUCAUAACGCGUCAGUAAUAGAUAAUGACUUUAUUGAUUUGACUGAAUCAGUUGAUGAUAAUGAAGAAGUAUCACAAAUAAAUCAAAAUCAAAAACCCUCAGAAGUGACAUCUAAGGAUUCAAAAAAAUAUGUUAAAGUAUUCUAUCUUGUUUAUUUAGCAAUCGAAAUUAUUGUGUCUGAAUAUAAUAUCUUUGUAAAAUAUGGUACUUUCAUUAUUAAUCAAAAGAUCAAAGUUCAAUAUAUAAUUUUUCGAAAUGAUGAUUUAUAUGAUGAGUUGAAUCACGUAGGAGGCUAUUUUAAGAGUAUAAAAUGCCUUGAAUAUUAUUCUAAAAAAUGGUGUUACAAUUGUGACCUUUUAGCAAAAAAUGAAGCAUUUAAUAAAAGAAAUCAAGAAUAUCAAGAAUUGGUUGCUCAAAUUGAUUGUGUUAUGAUUUUAUGUGUAAAUAAAGAAUUGCCUGAUUUAAUUCAUCAUAAAUAUAGCCAGAUACCUAAUUUCAACAAAUGA